ACCUUUCUUUUUCCUUUAAGUUUUUCAUUCAGCAUCUCUACAGUUUGUCAUUUACUGCAUUUUGACAUCAUAAAAGAAGUAAAAUUGAUUGCAGGCAGCUGCUGUUGUGCUUCACUUUGCCGGCUAGCUACUAGAUUAUCGCUUUGGCAACUAGUAUGGCCAUUAUCAUCACCAACAGAGCUACUGCUGUGGGAACAAGAAUGAGCAUUAUGACAUCACCAACAGAGACAAUGCUGUGUGGGUACUAGAUCCCAGCUCAGUUUGUCUUUGGACACUCAAGAUGAUUUAUCUCAUUUUGUUGUUCUAUCUAUAUUUUCACAUAAAUCUUAAUUUUUUAUUCCAAAAAUAUUUUCAAAACUAUGACCAAUUAAAAGCAAACAUUUUUAGAUCGAAGAAAACUAAACCUAAUAAAAUUCAUGGAGUAGGCCAUACUUCUGGCCCUAUGAAGAGAACUCGGCAGAACCGUGAGGCCUGUGGGAAACCCUCCUGUGCGGCAGUGAUGGGCCCCAGGUAUUCCUAUUUAUUGAUCAUUUUGAUGACCAUUGGAAUCCUCACGCACCAUUGUGAUUGUGCACCAGUUCUGAAGAUAAAAAAUUUUGAUGUUUUACAUCAUCACCUGACUCUGAGGCCAAACACCCGGAGUCUUAUUCCCUGCAAGUUUGCUGCAGUGCGUCCAAUAGAUGCAACCAAAAUGGUAAUAGAAUGGGGUAAAAUCUCUGGAGAUGAUGGAAAAUACAUCCCUCUUAUCCAGCUGAAUAGCGAUGGAGUCAAAACUUUCUCAGAGGACGGCAAGAAAUAUGAGCUUUUUGUACCCCUUGUAAGGAAAGGGAACUGCACCUUGGUUAUCAAACCCACCGGUGCUACAGACAAUGGAGCUUAUGAAGUUUGGAUGACACUAGAUGGAGAGCUGUAUGAAUCGUUUUCCCGAACCAGAAUUACAGUUUCGGGUGGGUCACGGGCAUUAGGGUCCCGUGCAGAAUCUCCAACUACCAAAAUGACCCCAACAGCCAUAAAGAAUGCAGCUGCAAUGAACUCUAAAGAGCCAAUAGGAGUCAAGAACAGCAGUAACUUCUUUGCUUUACUUCUUGAAAAACACGGGAAAUCUGCAAUUAUUGUGGUGAUAGCGGUUCUAUCAUUUCUUACACUGACCUCAGUGACAUCCCUGGUUGUAUGUUGUCUAUAUUGCUGCUCGGGAGAUGAAGAGCCAUCUGCGGAUGAAGAGACCCCAAAGGAGAGCCCCCCACAAACAACUCAAGAGUUAGUAACCUGUUCAGAAUAAUUUGUUCAUUUUCUGAACCCUUUGCUUAUAUUUAUUUCCAUCUAACAGGGUUAGAAACAGGGAAAUAGGGGUGGGGAUAGGCUUGGCAGAUAUUAUAUGUCUAACACAGGCCUUAACAGUAUUAAUUCAUCAGAAUAUAUCAUUUGAUGUCUGGUAUUUUUAGCAAUAUGUAGAAGUUUGCCCUCAUUUAAUUCAUUAUUUCAGUUAAGUAGGUGUAAUGAUGAUUAAAAAUAUUCUACAGAAUCUAAGAAAGUUCAAUAUUGGGUUAUGUGUCUGAUAAAAGUCCUUCUUAUUCCUAAAAGUAUUCAAAUGUAUUGUCCUUUCUUUGUUUGCAGGGAGACCAGUCUCCAAGUUGAGGAUGAGACCCCAUCUGAAACAUCUGGUCAGAAAAGGGGUGAAAUAGUAUCAUAUGAGAGAGAAGAGCCUGCUAAAUAUUCUGCUUCUGAAUCAGAAUCAGAACCAGACUCGUCAUAUAAAGGAACAGAUACUGAGUCAGACUUAAGUGACUUGGGAUAAGUGAGACUUGAAAUGUGAAGUCAGCAUCAGCUUGUUAAAGCUGAGUCUGAUCACACCCCAAUCCACCCAAAACCUGCCAAUUUGGGGGGUCUGUGAUUUUAGACUUAAUUCUACUAGAUACUGUAUAUCAUGACCUGGAUGAAUGAGAAUCUUCAUAGACAGAAGAGAGA